GGGAAGGGAAGGGAAGGGAAGGGAAGGGAAGGGGAGGGGGCGCUGCGGUGCGGUGCGGUGCGGUGCGAUGCGAUGCGGGGUGGGGUUGGGGUGGGGUGUUCGCCGAGCCGCCGCCACUAAGGCUCGGCCUCUCGGUGUCUCGGUCGCUGCGUCGUCGUCGUCCUCCCGCUCGUCCAUCAUGGCCCUCAACAUCCCCGGCGUGAGCGUCAUGAUGUUCUUCUACCUGCUGGUGCUCGCCAUCGGCGUGUGGGCCUCCUUCAAGUCCAAGCGGGAGGCCAAGAAGGGCCGCGGAGACCAGACGGAGAUGGCGCUGCUCGGCAACCGCGGCAUCAACCUGGCCGUCGGCAUCUUCACCAUGACGGCCACGUGGGUCGGCGGCGGGUUCAUCGUGGGCACCGCCGAGGCCGUGUACAACCCGUCCAUGGGGCUCAUCUGGGCCGUCAUGCCCGUCACGGCCACCGUGUGCUUCAUCUUCGGCGGCCUGUUCUUCGCCGAGCCGAUGCGCAACAGCAAGUACGUGACCAUGAUGGACCCGUUCCACAUCAAGUACGGCAAAGCGGCCACGGCCGCCCUGUCUCUGGCCGCGCUCGUCUCCGAGAUAAUGUGGGUGACGGGCACGCUGAUUGGAUUAGGCGUGACCAUGAGCGUGAUCCUGGAUCUGUCGUACACGGUGAGCAUCUGGAUCUCGGCCGCCGUGGCCAUCACGUACACGCUGCUGGGCGGACUCUACUCGGUGGCCUACACGGACAUCAUCCAGCUGGUGCUCAUCUUCAUCAGCCUGUGGCUGUGCGUUCCCUUCGCGCUGAUGAGCCCGGCCGUGACGGACAUCACGCGGACGGCGUCCAACUACACCUUCCAGCCGCCCUGGCUCGGCACGCUGGAGGACAACCGAGUGUGGCGCUGGAUCGAUAACUUCUUGAUCCUGGGCUUGGGCAACCUGGGCCUUCAGAACUUCCACCAGAGGACUUUGUCCGCCGCCUCGUCCACCACGGCCAAGAUCAGUUGUUUCGCCGCCGCCUUCAUCGUCCCCACGCUGGGAAUUCCUCCCAUCCUGCUGGGCGCGGCGGCCGCCUCCACGGACUGGAACAUGACGUCUUACGGUUCUCCGUCUCCGUUCGAGCGAGGCCAGACGGGCCUGGUGCUGCCCAUCGUGCUGCAGCACCUCACCCCUCAGUACAUCUCCAUCGUGGGCAUCGGCGCCGUGGCGGCCGCCGUCAUGUCGUCCACCGACUCGGCCCUGCUGUCCGCCGCCUCCAUCUUCACCUCCAACAUCUACAAGAACAUCCUCAGGACGCAGGCUUCGGAGCAGGAGCUGCAGUGGGUGAUCCGCGCGUCGGUGGUGGCGGUGGGCCUGGCGGGGACGUCGCUGACCUUCCUGGACAACAGCGUGCUGAUGAUCUGGUUGCUGCGUUCGGACCUGACCUACACGCUCAUGUUGCCGCAGCUGGUGUGCGUCCUCUUCUUCGCCGUGUCCAACGGCUACGGCGCCGUCCUGGGCUGCCUGACCGGAAUGCUCUUCCGGGUCCUGUGCGGCGAACCCGUGCUGGGCAUCCCGCCCGUCAUCCGCUUCCCGGGCUGCGCGCUGGUGAACGGCGUGUACGUGCAGAUCUGGCCCAUCCGCACCAUCUGCAUGCUGUCGGCGGUGGCGGCCAUAUUGUCCUUCUCCUUCCUGACCUCGCUGCUUUUCCACAAGGGCGUCAUCUCCGAGCGCUGGGACUUUUUUCAAGUGCUGACGCGGGACUCGGCCGAGACGCAGGACGCCUCCAAGUACGGCGUCAAAGACGAGGACGACGAGGACGAGGACGACGAGGACGUGAAGGAACAGAACGAGAGCAACGAAGUGUGCGAGCCCAUGUUGGAAUCCAAUUUUUAGAGCGCGUGACUUUGAUUUAAACACGACUGUAUGGAGUCGUUUAGGAACAAAAUGUAUGCAAGUUUAAUCGAAGUACAGUAAUCACACCAAGCUCCCCCCCCACCCCCGAAGCGCCAACUCUUCGUGACCGGCGAUCCGUGUCGCCUUCCUCUUUUGCGUUUUCAACUGGCAAUCGAAAAUCAAAGAAUGACAAAGGGACUUGUUUUUGUUGUUGGUUUUGUAGUGUCAAACUCAAGGUCCAGGGUCCGAAUUCAGCCCAAACGCUUUUUCUAUGGUUUUUUUUUCCCCCUCAUCUUUCACAUCUACGUGGAGACGCUUUGGCCCACUCUUCCUUGCAGAGUCGUUUUUUAAUUCAGCAACAUUGGAGGAUUUUCAAGCAUGAACUACAUUUUUAUGGUCACGCUUCAGCACUUCAAUCGGAUUCAAAUCUGGACUUUAACUAGGCCACUCCUAAACCUUUGUUUUUGUUUUGUUUUUUUAAGCCCUUCAGAAGUUGACUUGUUGGUGUGUUGUCCUGUGAGGACAAAUCUGGAAUGUGAUUGGCUGACGAAACGCUCGCAUUACUAAUAUAGUUUAUGUUACACGGGCCGUCACUGCUGAUGUAAUCUGUAAUCUGAUUGGACCAAAAAGUAUGAACCCAAAGCAGUUUAAUAGCGUUCCAAACUCAUUUUACAUUACCCUUAACACUUAAAAGCAAAAACAAAAACGGCUUGUAGCCUAUUUGAUUUGGAAAAAAAAUGUGCGCACACAACAAACGCUCCGCAACAACCCGGUCUUAAUUUAGCUCCUCCCCGACAUACAAAUCAAAGCAUACUUCCUUGACACCAAUUCCCAUUCAGACAGGGCUUUGGUGGUUUUCUUGUAGCAUGUCAGGACAUUUCAGAAAAAGUGAAAAAAAUAAAAUACAAAUGGGUGAAUUGAUUAAUAGUGAGCCGCGAAUAUACAGGGGAUUACUGUAGUUUUUGUUUAGUUUUUUGUUUUUGUUUUUUUUAAUAGGCGUGUAUGCUGACCGGCGUACACGGAAAAAAACGACAGCUAUGCUCUCUGUUUUAAGAGCUCAGCAUCCUCUCUGCAAUUUUAUGCAGCAAUGACACUUCCAGCCACGGACAGAAGGGGGCGGGAGGGGGCCACUGUUGCCAAAAAAGUGCGCGAAUGUGUUCAGCGUCAAGUGACUUUGCCACCAGCCGAUUGUGAGACUAAUGCCAGUAAAAACAAAAUGUUGUACAUGUUGUUUUUUUUCUUCUUAUUUUUUUAUUGUAUUUUAGCUUCUUAGACAAGUAGGUGAUUGUCAACAGCUGAUUGUAUCGCGACGGAGCGAUAAGAAGGGCUCUCAAGCACGAGCACUUAAAAUGUACGGGGAAGAAAAAAAUACAAAAAUCUGACUGCCUAUGCAAACAAGUGAGAAUAAUUUGUCAUUAAACCCUUCGUUAGCCCCCUUUGACUUAGCGUGUCUUGUCUAUUAUCUGCCCCAAACACAAUUUUUCACAUUAAUUUUCUAAAGUUGUCAAGUUGGUUUAUUAAAACAAAGUAACUACAACCAACUUUAUUGUUGACGUUGUGAGUCUCUUUUUCAAGCCAAAGUUAUAUGCAUACAGUAUAUACUUUUUUAAAUCCUCUCUUCAAAAGGACCAUUUUCAAAGGUUGUCAGCGGUUGGUUUAUCAAAACAAAGUAACAACGACCAGCUUUAUUCUUAACAGUGCGUCUUCAACAAAAGAUUUACAAAAAAAAUAUGAAAGGUAUUUCAAUCAUUUGUUCAAAACGUCCAAGGUGGUCAAGAGUUGGUUCAUUAAAACAAAGUGACGACGACAGCUGCGUUUGACCUUCAUCCAAACAAAAAACAAUUGACUGUGCAUUUUUAAUUCGCCAAUAAUCUGCUCAAAUCAUACCAUGAAUUUCUUCAGGUUGUUGACACUUGUUUAAUUAAAAUAAAGCAACCAUGGCCACCUUGAUGUGGAUAUUGUAUCAAAUGCAUCGCGGAUAUAUUUUUCAUUGAUCUGCUGGAAGCGCGACAUUCAUUUGCCAACCACGUCAACACUCGGGUUCUGAAACCAAAGUAACGACAAGCAGCUGCAUUCUUCCUGGCGCCGACUUGGCUCAGGCUCCAAAAGAACCCGUCGUUGUCGGGAGCGGCAGGCAUGCGAGACUUGUCCCGACACCUCCCCGGAGGAGGUCGCGCGCUAUCUGGGCGACAAUGCGUACGGCGUACACGUCGCAGACAACACGCCGAGCCUGCCGGGAACAACGGUCCCGGCGGACAUGCGAGCCCAAGAUAACGGCCCGCUGCUAUAUUAAGAGCUCACAUGCCGCGGUUGGCGUUUGAAGGACACUCGCCUGCUUCCCGCGUCCUCGCUUUGAUGCUUCCUCUAACGAGAGGGCCGAAACCAGGGCAGCACACAGAUGAGGUUUUUGGGGGCAUUUAUUUUUGGGUGUUGUGUGCCGGAUGCACGUCGGGAGAAGUUUUUGCUUCACGUUGACAUUUUUCGCCGUUUUCGGAAAUGAACUGGAAAAAAAGCUACGGCCGUGCCAAAACAGGACAACGCUCCUUUGCACUUGGUUUAUUCAACCAAAGUCAUGGCGAUCAGCUACAUUCUUCAUUCUUAACCGUGACGUGUCUUCUCUUCACCCGCCAAAUAUAUUGUAAACGCGUCUUUACACUUGUCGAUGAUACUCUCGAAACAAAACGUUCAUUUUCCAAGGUUGCAACGCGAAAUUUAUUUCAACAAAGUCACGGCAAUCAGCUCCAUUCUUGAUGAUGAUGAUGAUGUGUCUUAACCCGCCCAAAAAUAUUAUACGUACAUCUGUACUUUGUCAAUAAUCUGCUCAAACCAAAACGUUCAUUGUCCGAGGUCGUCGACACUGGGUUUAUUAAACCAAAAUAACAACCUUGUUGAAAGUAUUUGCUCUCCCCAAAUAUAUGCAGUAUACAGAAUACGUUUGUCUAUAAUCUGUCCAAAACGUAAUGUUCUUUUUUCCAAGGUUGUUGACACUUGGUUUAAUAAAACAAAGUAAGGAUGACUUGAUGGUGUUGUGGGUCUUCGCUUUUCACCUCUUUACCCAAAAAUAUUUACUUUGUCAAUUAUCUGCUAAAAGCAGAACUUUCAUUUUCCAAGGUUGUCGACACUGGGUUUAAUAAAACAAAGUAACAACAGUGUUGUGAGUCGUCGCUCUUCAAAUACUGUACAUACUGUAUCCAUCUUUGAAUGUGUCUAUAAUCUGCCUAGAAUACCUAAUGUUCAUUUUUCAAGGUUGUUGACACUUGGUUUAUUAAAACAAAGUAAUGACGUCCAUCCUUA